AGGGGAAAAUCCAGACAUUGCUAAUGUUUUUGCCACUCACAGCUGUAUUGCAAAUCCCCCAUACAGUAAUACAACGGUUGGAUAUCGUUAAACAAAAAACAAUGCCGAGAUUAAUAUUUCUUGAAUAUAAUUCCCAUUGAACAGAUCUCAAUUCUGCAAAUUCUUUAACAGGGAUGAACGACGUGCCCUUUGUUUUCGGGUUAGAACGUGAAAGCUUCUCUGCGAACGAUCGGAGCAUUCGUGAACUCUCCAAUCAUCUGGUGCCGAUUGCGAUGAAACCAUGUGAAUGCAAGGGCAGAAAACUGAUGACAUUGCAAGGGUUUCGCAAGCACAUGAAGCCGGUCUAGUUUUGGUUGGUUUUCAUCGUAUUUUGGAAAGACAACACUUCGACUAAGAUUCUGGUUAUUGAUUGAAGAAAGAAAACAAUCUAAAAAUUCAACAUGGAGACGGUGAACAUAGAAGACGAUUUCGAUGACACCAUUGAUUUACUGGAAGAUCUCACUGAAGAAGAACUAAAAGACUUGAAUGAAACAUUUGAUCCUGAGAACAAUCUUCUUCCGAUUCACGAAAGAAUCAACUAUGAAUGCGAGAAACAACCAAGCAGAAUUUUUGACAGUCAUCAGCUGUCUGAGCAUCUCAAGGCCAAACUGAACUUUGGCGCGUUACGACCAGUUACGCAUCCUCACUCAAUGGCCGAAAAGAUAAAGCUUGCGGAGAGUACUAUUGGAAAAGACUAUGUACCAUUCAUCAAACCGCAAAAGGAUUAUAGCAAUCAUACUUUGAAUCUACCGCAAUUAAAAUCAGUACCCAGGGCAAGAAGCCCGUCACCACUACCCGACUUAACAGAGGAAGAAAUUAAAUGCAUUGAGAAUGCAACAGAAUAUGAGCUGGUCGAAGUUGCAGCUCAACUGAAAAUGAACGAGCUGGUCACAGCUGAGCAAAUCGAAUCAAUAAACAGAGGUGACAAGCAUACUGGCACUGGCAUUUUAAGACCAACUCUGGUAAGACCACAAUAUCCGCAAAAAUCCUUUUCAAUCGAUGACGAUGACGAUGAGGAGGAGUACAUCGAUGUUGAUGGUAUGGUUAAGGCGAUGCGCAGCAAAGGCGAAGACAUAUCCAUUAUCAUGUGCAACAACCAACCAUAUAUGGAUCCAGAAGUGCUGGAAGAGAUUGCUGCUCACCUAUUGGCUAAUAAAAACAUACGGCAUCUAUCAUUGGCUAAUUGUAACUUCACUGAUGGUGUUGUUGAUUCAUUCGCAGAAGCACUAGCAAAUAAUACAAAACUCGAAACGCUUAAUCUAGAAUCGAAUUUUAUCACGCCAAUUGGUGUAAAGAAAAUCCUUGAUGCGAUUCAAGACAGCAAGAGUUUGAGGGAGAUUCGUUUGGAAAAUCAAUACAGCAAAAUUGGACCGAAGUGUGAAGCUGAAAUGGCAGCUUGCAUCGAGAAGAACUUCACGCUGCUUAGCUUUGGUUAUAGCUUCGAAACAAGGGGACCAAGAGAUGCAAUGAACCGAUUUAUUCUUAGAAAUAACGACCUUUUACGAGCAGCAAGACGAAACGGGGAGAAGUGUUACAAUUUACCGGAACAAAAAAGAAUCAUCGCAAAAUUUAGGCCACCAUGGGUUUUGAGAAGACCAAAGAGAAGAGGACCAGAUUCUUUUGAAGGAAGAAAAAUUGUCAUGCGAGGCGACAGCAAAAAGAAAAAGAAAAAGGGCCCGGCCAUGAUGAACGAAAUGUUGGCAAAGGCGGCACAGGUCAGCAAAAGAUGGGAAGAUAAGGAAAAGACGGGUGAACUCAGCUCCGAAUUCCAGCGCAUUGAAGAGCAGUCAAAGAAGAAAGUUGAAGGUGACACUGCUACUGAAAACAAAGACGAAAAACCCAAUGAAGAAGAUUCUAGCAGAAGAAGACGUGGAAGAAGAAAUCGUGAAGAUGCAGUCGAUGAAGAAGAUGAUGAUGUUGGCGCGGUUAAUGGAGAGGAGGGCCGAAGAAGAGGAAAAGAUUCAGCUUCUGCAAUUAACAGUGCUGAGGGAAUGGGUGCAAUGCAGCGAAGGAGGGGUAGAAGAGGAGAGGACCUGGAGGAUGACGACGCUCAAAGUAACCAAAAGGAGACGGAUGAUCAAGACGAGGCUGAUGGGAAACGAGGCAAAGGCAAAAUGGAUCCCGAGACAAGAAAAAGAGCAAUGCGUGGUGGGAAAGUUGUUGAGGAUGAGCAGGUACCUCUUGGAGCAGCGACGCGUAGGCGCAAGAAAGUUGACGAUGACGAGCCGGAGGAGCUUGAUUUCAGUCAAUUCGAGCAAAAAGAAGCUGAUAAGGAAGAAGAGGCCGAGGAGGCCAGCAACCCCUCGAGCAAAACGCGCAUUCCCUCGGGUAGGCAGAUCGCAGGACAGCAAGUUGCGUCUCUAGAUAACGCUCCAAUGCGAAGGAGAAGGAACAAGAUACCCGCGGAUGAUGAAGAAGAUUUAGAUGCAAUGCUUAGCAGUGUGGACGGGGGGAGCACUCAGCCUAAGGAGAGAAAGAAACUGCCAAACGAGCCACUUGAAGGAGAGGUCGACAAUGAUACGGUACGGCGUAGGAGAAGAAGAGAAGAUGACGAAGGAGAAAGCCUCGAUGAUAUUUUGGAUUCAGUUCCUCGAAAAGAGGCUGAUGAGGACGAGUUCGAAAACGAUUUGGAUGAAGACGAGACUGUAGAUAAUAGCGGUCACAGUCGAGUCCCAAGCGGAAAAUCAAUCGGAGCACAGCCAGUCAACAGAAUGGAGACAGCUUCAAUGAAGGGUAGGCGAAGGCGAAGGGUCCCGGAUGAUGAAGAGGGCGAAAGCCUAGACGAUCUUUUGAAGUCAGUAGACAAAAAGGCGGAGCCAGAAGAACAGACCAAUGAUGAUACCGAGGCACAAGAAGCCGAAGAUAAAGAGUCUCAUUCGAGGAGAGAAUCUGCUACUAAACUGCCCACAGGGAGACAAGUAAGAAAACAAGAGGUAGCAGAACUAUCUCCGUUGUCUUUCAAAAAUCGACGUCGAAACAAGGUUUACGACGAUGAAGAAGAAGAUAUCGAUUCGCUGUUGAGUUCUGUUGCUCGGAAAAAUGACGAUCAGGUUGAUGAAGAAGAUGUGCUGGAUGGGGAUGACACUGCGGAUGUGGGAAAAACAAAGAGAUUACCACGUGGUCAAAGGUUAGAGGACGUAGGAGCGGAUAGAUUCGAAGCAGCGACAAUGAAAGGCAGACGGAGGCGAAACAAAGAUGGCGAAGAAGAUAUUGAUGCGGUGAGUAUGGAUGAGGAAGAUGAGGAAGAAGGGGAAUAUGCUGUAAAUGGAGAAGGUACCAGGAAUGAUGCAAGGAAGAAGCAUCGCCCUGGCGUUGCUCAUGGAAAGGAAGGACUCGGUGCAGCAACAAGAAAAGGGCGGCGUCAUCAUGACUUUGAGGAUGAUGACAUUGUUGAUGACGUCACUGAUUCUGCAGAGAGUGCAGGAGAAAGUAGCGAUGCAUCGGCUAGAAAAGAAAACAGUCAGAAUGUCGGUAAGAAAGAAAAAAGUGCUCGAAUACCCAAAGGAAGACAGCUAACGACCCAAGCAAGAGAAGGCCUUGGUGCCGUGACCAUGAAAGAUAGGCGUCGUCGUGUCAUACACGAUGAAGAGGAAGAUAUCGAUUCGAUAUUAGCAGACGCUGUCGUUGAGAAACAUGACACAGAAGACAGUACAGAUCAAAAUAACAAUGAUGUAGGCAAACAAAGGGAUCCAAGGAUACCUAAGGGUGAAAGAAUUACAGCUCCUCUACAAAGUGGUUUAGAGGCCGCUUCCUUCAAAGGCAGGCGCCGAAAUAAAAUUGUUGACGAGGAGGAAGACAUCGACAAACUACUUUCAACCGCCCCUUCUACUAAGAAGGAGGAAGGGAAGUCCAACAAGGACAGCACGGAAAAAUCUGAGAGUUUUGCCGAAAAAAGGCGGCGCCGACGAGGCGAAGAUGGGCAGGAGAAGAAUGACGAGGAGACCGUCGCCAAUGGCUACCAAGAAGAUGUUGACACCCGUCACGAACGCCGCAGGCAACGCCCUAAGGAUGAUGACGAUGACGUAGACGCUGAGAAAAAACGGGCCCAACGCAGGAAACAACGUGAGGCGAAUACCGAAGAGAAAGUUUCAAACGGAACUGCGAAGGAAGCAAAGCCUGCUCCUGUGGAGGAGAAGAAAGCCCCGGAAGCAAAGAAACCAGCACCUGUUAUAAAAGUGCCGGAAAGGCCAGUGGUUGAUAUGUCGAAGCCAAUGUCACUAAGAGAGAGACGAAGACUGAAGGAACAAGGACUUUUAUAAAGUUAUGAUUGCACUUAUUUUGCAGAUGUCCUGUGUUGCUUCUAUUUGUAUCAUAUACGCUGUUUUGAUGUAUCCUAUAGGUAAAUGCAUUCAAGGAAUCCUACUUAUGCUUAAUUCUAAGUUAUGUAGACUUAACGAGUUGACACCAUGUAAGUUCAAAGGCUAUGAGUUAAAAGUCAUGAUCUUUGACCUUAGUAAGAAUUUUGGAAGCCAUUUUAAAGGGUUAAAGUCAAAAGUGAUGAUUGUGACCUUGGUGAAAUCCUUUUAGACCAACGUAUGCUCAAAGCCUGUGCGUCAAGGCUUUGAUCUGUGACCUUAGGAACAAUAUAAGUUCAAAAGGCCAGAGCCAUAUGUCAAGAUAGUGAUUGUAGCAGAAAGUCUUGACUCGAUGUUCAAUAAGAUGAAGGGCUAUUAGUUCAUCCUGAAGAUCAGUUUUUCUUGAUGACGGGCCAACCGUGCAUAAAUAAUUUUAAAUAAUUCUUGUUAAGUGAGAUGAAACGAGUCAAAGGUCAUGACCUCCAGUAAUAGGUCAUUGAAAGGUUAAGAUUAAAGGACAGUCGUGAUGUAAUUUAACUAGUGCAACUGUGGCCUAUCUAAUGAAUUCUUCCAGUUAGCGAUUAACCCACUAUAACCAGGUGACAUACGAGCUUAAAAUGUACCGAGCGUAGUAUGUGCUUUUAUUCAGAUGUUGCCACGAUGCAAGUUGGAUUCAGAUAUUUGUCCCAGGCAGUUGAGACACGAUUUUUGUCCGAAUGAAUCAGUACUUCAACCGCGGGAGAAGCGCGUGUUUUGAAUUCAGCAUCCGACUGCUAUAAUGCUUCUGCGUACAUAACUGCGAGAAUCAUUUAUUGCGAGAAUCCUGCAUAUUCAAAUCCCUCAAGAAAUCUGUUUUUAAAUCCCGCGUUUUUUACAAAGUAAGUCCUGCAGGGUCCCGCGUUCAUUGUAGCACUGCUGCAACUUUGUGAGAUCUGCGCUUUCCAACAAAUUCCAUUCAACAAUAUAAGAGAACGAAUUUGUUUCUUUGGUGCUUCGGGUUGCAUUUUAUUAACGCUUCUUGUGGUUGUAAGUCGAACGAUAUCAAGCAGCAAAAUUUGUUUGUACCACUAAAUGUUAAUUUAUCAAUAUUAAUUGAAUUCAGAAAGUUUUUUGUAAAGUCUUGCUUUAGUUAACUUUAUCUUAUGUUAAAAAUAUCGUCUUUUAUACAUAUAUAGUCUGAA